GGUGGAAGCUGAGGCGGGAGCGGCUGCUCGUUUAUAAAGCAUGGGAGCGGAGCGCCGCUCGGCUGACGAGGCGGCCCGCCACCCAUGACGUCCGUCCGGCUGGCGGCCUCCUACCCGGACACGAUGAGCUGGGCCGAGGCGGCGCUGCAGCGCUACCAGCGCCAGAUGGGCGCGCUCGAGAUGCCCGAGUGGGAGCAGACGGUGGAGCGGCGCAGCGCGCGCAGCUACGGCGGCGUGCCGCGCAAGUCCACCAAGCCGGCCAUCGGCCUCAUCGACCUUGACCUGGUCAGAGGUUCCACCUUCCCGAAGGCCAAGCCGCACCUGGGCAUGUGGUACGCGGUGCGCCACGGUCUGCUGCGGGCCGCGCUGCUGCCGAUCUAUCGACGCUGGUGGCGCCGCCACGUCGGGCCGCGUCUCUUCCUGGCGCUGCUGGCCGCCUACCUGCUGUACGCCGCCCUGCUGGUGGUGCUCUGGGUCGGCGACCCGGCCUCCGCGCCGCGGCGCGCCGCCGACCGUCGCGCCUCGCGCGCCAAACUGGUGCGCAUCGCCGCGCUGCCCGAGACGGUGCGUUGCUACCACACCGACUCGACCGACUCCAAGUCGGGUGAUGAGUUCGCCGAGCUCAGUCCCAGCUCGUCGACGUCGGCGCUCUCGAAGGCGGCGCCGUCGGCCGCUGGUGGCCCGCUGCUCGACCCGGACCCGUUCAGCUGCCGGCCGGGCACGGACAGCUCGGUGGCCGACGCCAGCUGCUCGGAGCGCCACCAGUCGGACGCCGACAGCCAGCCACACCGCUCCUAUGUCAAGACGUCCGGCUCGGACUCAGAGGCCAGCUACAGCUCCGGCGGCUCGGCCACGUCCGGCCAGCGCUCGGCCGCGGCCACCGGCUCCUUCGACAACCCGCUGCUAACGCCGAGCGCCUCGUCCGACCGCACGGGCUGCACCAUCUGGGAGGGCGUCGACGUGAAGAAGGUGGACCUGACCACGCUCGACAUCUGCUCCGUCGUCGUCAACCGGGUCGAGUCCAUGCCGCAGUCCACCGACUACCUCGUGUUCGGUCUGGCGAUGGCGGCCCUGAUCUCCCUGCUGCCCACGCUGUGCCGGCUGGGCGGCGCCAGCGCGCCGCUGGUGGUCCCCGGCUGGCGGGCCUCACUCUGCCCGGCCGCCGUGCUGAACGUCUCUCUGGAGGUGUCCCACCACCUGGCCACGCUGUCCGACGCCGCCUUCGGAGUCACCGGCCAGGAGCGGAUGGUGACCGUCGGCUGCCUGCUGGUCACGCUGCUCGUCACUGGCCUGCUCUUCUUCCUGCUGAGCGUGGUGGAGCGCUCCUUCAAGCAGCGCCUGCUCUACGCCAAGUACUUCUGCUACCUGACGUCCGCCCGCAGAGCCAGGAAGUUCGAGCUGCCGCACUUCCGCCUGAAGAAGGUGCGCAACAUCAAGACUUGGCUGUCAGUGCGCUCCUGCCUGAAGAAGCGCGGCCCCCAGCGGUCGAUCGACACGAUCGUCUCGUCCGCCUGCCUGACCACGGUCGUGCUGGUCACCUGCCUCUGCGUCGAACUGCUGGAGAACACCGACAGCCCGCGCAUCGACUACUACCGCACCCAGCUGGUGGUCUGGUGCUUCUCGCUCGGGGUGUACCUGGUGCGGGUGAUGUCGCUGGGCUCGUACAUCAACCGCAAGUACCGCAACCUGUCGGUGGUGCUGACGGAGCAGAUCAACCUCUACCUGCAGAUCGAGCAGAAGCCGCACAAGAAGGAGCGCCUCGUGCUGGCCAACAACGUGCUCAAGCUGGCCUGCGAUUUGCUGAAGGAGCUGGAGAGUCCGUUCACCGUGCUGGGCUUCUCGGCCAACCCGUUCCUGUACAACGCCACCAAGGUGAUCGUGCUGUCCGCCUGCAGCGGCGUCCUCUCAGACAUGCUCGGCUUCAAGCUGAAACUGUACAAGAUCAAACUCAAGUGAGGCCGCUCGCUGCCAAGUGGUGCGGUGAGGCUGGAUCUGCCGGGCGGUGACUCGUGACUCGCUGCCGAUUAGUGGGGGUGGGCCUGCCGGGCGGUGACUGGUGACUCGCUGCUGAUUGGUGGGGUGGAUCCGCCGGGCGGUGACUGGUGACUCGCCGCCGAUUAGUGGCGGUGGGUCCGCCGGGCGGUGACUCGUGACUCGCUGCCGAUUAGUGCGGGUGGGUCCGCCGGGUGGUGACUGGUGACUCGCUGCCGAUUAGUGGGGGUGGGUCCGCCGGGCGGUGACUCGUGACUCGCUGCCGAUUAGUGGGGGUGGGUCCGCCGGGCGGUGACUGGUGACUCGCUGCCGAUUGGUGGGGGUGGGUCCGCCGAGCGGUGACUCGUGACUCGCUGCCGAUUAGUGGGGUUGGGUCCGCCGGGCGGUGACUCGUGACUCGCUGCCAAUUGUUGGGGAUGGGUCCGCCGGGCGGUGACUCGUGACUCGCUGCCGAUUGGUGGGGGUGGGUCCGCCGGGUGGUGACUCGUGACUCGCUGCCAGUUAGGAGGGGGGCCGUGGGUGGGUCCGCCGGACGGUGACUCGUGACUCGCUGCCGAUCGGUGGGGAUGGGUCCGCCGGGCGGUGACUCGUGACUCGCUGCCGAUCGGUUGGGCUGGGUCCGCCGGGCGGUGACUCGUGACUCGCUGCCGAUUGGUGGGGGUGGCUCCGCCGGGCAGUGACUCGUGACUCGUUGCCGAUUGGUGGGGGUGGGUCCGCCGGGCGGUGACUCGUGACUCUCUGCCGAUUGGUGGGGGUGGGUCCGCCGGGCGGUGACUCGUGACUCGCUGCCAAUUGUUGGGGAUGGGUCCGCCGGGCGGUGACUCGUGACUCGUUGCCGAUUGGUGGGGGUGGGUCCGCCGGGCGGUGACUCGUGACUCGCUGCCGAUUGGUGGGGGUGGGCCCGCCGA